AUGGCCAACUACGCAACUCUCCCCACCGGUGCAACCCUCGAUGUGAAGCCCUUCAAGGCUCACGUCGCCGAAGAAAAGCUCCAGCACUUCAAGAAGCUCCUGGAGCUCUCCCCAAUUGCCCCUCCCGUCUUUGAAAACACCAACGCUGGUCGCAGGUAUGGAAUGGAGAGAGACUGGCUCGAGAAUGCAAAGAAAGAGUGGCUAAACAAGUUUGACUGGCGCCAGCAUGAAGAUCGCAUCAACUCCUUCCCCAACUUCAAGGCUUCGGUGAAGGAUUCCCAGGGCAAUGACAUUGAGAUCCACUUCUUGGCUCUGUUCUCGGAGAAGCCUGAUGCUAUUCCCAUCGCCUUCUUUCAUGGCUGGCCUGGCUCCAUCUGCGAGUUCCUCGACCUUCUUGACAUCCUCAAAGAGCGGUACACUCCCCAAGACCUGCCCUAUCACGUCAUCGUCCCGUCACUCCCCGGCUACGCAUACUCCUCCGGUCCUCCCGUCCAUGUCGAUUACGGCGUUGACCUCGCAGCCAGCGCACUUGACAAUCUGAUGAUUGGUCUGGGCUUUGGCUCUGGAUAUCUUGCCCAGGGCGGCGACCUUGGCAGCUUCGUCAGCCGAUUUCUAGCCAUGACCUCUGAUGCCUGCAAGGGCAUGCACGUCAACAUGAUGAGUAUCCCGCCGCUGGACAAGGACGAACCCCUCACAGAUGAACUGGAGAAGAAGGCAUUGGAAAAGGCGAAGGAGUUCCUGGAUACAGGAAAUGCCUUUGGAUUGUUACAAGGCACACGAAGUGCCACAAUCGGAUUGGCAUUGAGUGCCAGUCCGUUGGCCCUGCUCAGCUGGAUCGGAGAGAAGAUUCUCGCAUGGACUGACCAAGAUCCGCCCCUUGACAAGAUCCUCGAGACAGUGACACUGUACUGGCUGACGGAUACUUACCCUCGGGCCAUGUACCACAAUCGCGGGAUGGGCAACCCAGAUGAGAAGCCAAAGAUGGCGAGGAUCAGCGUGCUCACCAACCUCACCCAUGUGCAACUCCCAUAUGUUGCAAAGCCAUGCGGCUACUCCCUCUUUGCGCACGAGGUCUUUCCAGUUCCCAAAAGCUGGGCGGCCAAGACUUGCAAUCUCGUGUACUUUAGCCAGCACGAGCAUGGAGGUCAUUUCGGGGCCAUGGAGAGACCCAAAGAGCUUCUCGCUGACGUUGAAGAGUAUGUCAAGAAGGUGUGGAAGACUGGCGAUUAG